UUAAUUGACGUCAAAUAUGAUCGCGCCUGUUCGUUGUUAAGAGGAAUUAAUAGUGAGCGCAACAGUACUUUGAUAUUCUAUAGUAUCUCCAGCUAAGGCGACGUUGGUGAAAUAAAUUUACCUAAUGCUUACACAUCUAUCAGUCUCACCUGUGUAACGAUGUUUUUGUAUCAGUCCGGUUUGUGCUAAGUGAUCUUUUUUUGUUGCAUUUGCCACUUGCUUUAAAUUUCAAUCGCAAAUAAAGCGUGGAGAUAGCGCCUAUCUCGAAAGAUACAAAAAGCUAACUGCGGAUAUGUGCUUCGAAAAAUGUAUCAUGUCGCACCACAGCGAUGAUCACCUUCUGCAGGCAGGAAGUGAUUCUUUCUGGGAACCUGGCAAUUAUAAGCGCACCACCAAACGCAUUGAAGACGGCUAUAAGCUUUGUAAUGACUUGCAAACUCUAAUACAAGAACGUGCUGAUAUCGAAAAAGGUUAUGCGAAGAAUUUGCGUGCGUGGUCGAAGAAAUGGGGAGAACUCAUCGAAAAAGGCCCCGAAUAUGGCACUACCGAAGCUGCUUGGAAAAGCGUACUCACCGAGUCGGAACGUAUCAGUGACGUUCACAUGAAGAUUAAGGAGAACCUGUGCAACGAUGUGAGCACCCAAAUAAAAAGUUGGCAAAAGGACAACUAUCAUCACACGCUGAUGCAGAUCAAGCAACGCAAGGAUAUGGAAGAUUUGUUUAAGAAGGCGCAAAAGCCUUGGGCCAAAUUGCUGGCAAAAGUAGAGAAAACAAAGUCUGAUUAUCAUGCAGCCUGCAAAACGGAGCGCAGUGCCACCAAUCAAGAGCGCAAUGCCACAGCCGAUAGUUCACUCUCACCGGAUCAGGUGUGUAUAAAUGUAAAAAAAAUGCACGAUCGCGUGCAAAAAACUAAAGAUCAAGUGACAAAAUGUCGAGAGAAAUACGAGCAGGCCAUCGCAGAAAUUACCAAAUAUAAUUCGGUAUACAUCGAGGAUAUGACGUCGGUGUUCGAAAAGUGCCAAGCCAUGGAGAGAACACGAUUGGUAUUCUUUAAGGAUGUUCUAUUCAACAUUCAUGCCUGCUUGGACCUCACCAAGGUGCAAUGUCUGCCACAAAUCUACGAAGAAUUCUACCACACCAUAAAUAACGCAGACCAACAGAAGGAUCUAAAGUGGUGGUCGAAUAAUCAUGGCGUAAAUAUGGCUAUGAACUGGCCAGCGUUUCUGGAGUACACCGAAGAAUUCCGAGACAUAGCAAAGGGCAGCAAAUCAAAGGAGGCACUUCCGGCAGCACCAAUAACCCUAAUCAACCAACGUCCUGUUUCUGAGGAUCCCCAUGAAUAUAAUACGAAUAGUCUAAAGAAAACAUCAGCAAAUUCCAGUAAAUCUAGUGGAAAAGUCAUGCAACAAGAUUCUGCGUCUUCGCCCACAACAGCGACAGCGUCAUCGGCUGCGACGGUUGCUAAAAGCGCAAAUACAACAUCGGCUUCAAACAAUCGUAAUUCAAGCGUAACUAAUGGCAAUGGCAAGCCUGAAGUUAAUCCAUUCGAAGAGGAGGAGGAAUGGGAUGAAGGCGACAAUGUGUUGGUCGAUAAUGGAGAAAAAGGUGUACCAGUUAAGGCUUUAUAUGACUAUGAAGGGGCAGAAGAUGACGAGCUAACAUUUAAGCAAGGUGAUGUCUUUGAGAAACUUGAAGAUGAAGAUGAACAAGGUUGGUGCAAAGGACGUAUGAAUGGACGCGUUGGGCUUUACCCCGCAAACUAUGUAGAACCGUUACAUACGUAAACAUAUGAACAAUUCUUGAACAAUUUAAAAAAUUAUAAGUAACAAUUGAAUGCCAACCAGGGAAAUAUUUAGACAUGCGAAACACGUUGCAUCAUUCAACUCGACACAAAAUACAUUGAAAUUAUCAUAGACUAGCAUUUUUUGUUUGUCUUACAAAGGAAUCGAGAGAAACCGGAGACAAAAUAGUAAGGAAUACUUGAAACACAUCACCAUUAGAAUCAUAUUUUGUGAUUGUAGCCAAUUAUUUGUUCUUAUAUAUCAAAAUUGUAUACAUUAGAUAUCGAACGAUUGCUUAAAACAAAUCGAAAAUGAAAACAAAUAAGAAUGAAUAAGUCUUGUCAGCUUAUUUAUAAUAGCAGUGAAAAAAUUUAAAUGUGAUUUUAAUCAUAUAUGUUAGUUGUUAUCACGCUGAAAGCAUUUCAAGACCAAAUUAAAGAUUUUCUUCCUUUCAAAGUAGUGUCCAGAAUCCAAUUCUUUCACAAAUCCGCGCUCUAUUUAAGUAAAAUGGAAAAUUAAAGGCAAAUGGGGUGGUCCAAAUACAAGUAUCUUUUUGAAAAUAAUAUUUAAAACAAACACACACACAAAAUCAUUCAUUUUGGUAUAUUUUACGUCUUUGUUUGUUUGCUGAAACCAAAGAUCGUCUAAGAUCCCACGUUUUCAACAAACAAACAAAAAUGAGCCAAUGAGGUCACCACUUUAAGAAUCCAAACCCCUGUGCAUCGCGACAAUCAGUUGUGGAUUUUAUGUAUCCAGAAUGAAAGCAACAGUGUUUAAUCAGUCACAGAUAUGAAAAUGCGCCUCGCCCCGCAAAGCGACGUUCCGCGAGGGAUGGCAGUCAAGCUUCCGAUCGGGAAAGGAUGACAGUGAUACCUGCAUUUGGGCCACCCUGUGUGUUCAUUAAAAUCUUCAACUCAAAUUUACUUGUUGCUAAUUGUAAUUACAAUUUAUGUUUACUAAACAAAAAUUUGUAUUAAGGAAUUCAGAAAGAAUAAAAAUAUGUAUAACUUAAAACCUUCAUUUAGAGUGGGCUACAAGGUCAAAAGAUAUAUGAGCCAGUUUAGAUAGUAACAUCCGUUUGUUACUGUUUAUGCCGAUCGAGCUUUCGUUUUAGUACCCUAAAAACCGUCUCAUAUCUCUUUGGAUUUUAAAAGCACACUCUACCUUCCACUUGCUAUUUAUAAGUCCAAAUAAAUAUAUGGAUAUGUAUAAAUACAACCAUAUGCUGUAUUUGAGUGGAAAAAAUUGUAGAAUAUACACUUACAUACAUACAUAUGGGUCACUCGUUUCGAACUCGAACAUAAUUUAGACUUUUUCAACAUACAUCCAAAAACUUUUAUUUUUUAUAAUAUUCUCCGUUAAUAGGGAUACCGGUAUACCCUCGAUGUAAAAUACCAGGGAAUUCGUAUUUCUAACCAUAUAAAGCAAACAAAUUUUGUGACUUUUGAAUACAAAAUCAGACGAUGAUCGAAGCUUGUGGCGUGGCAGCUUAGUACCUCAAAAGCAAAACUUCUAAAGAUGAACGCCCUAAUUUCUCGCAACAGCUAAAAAUGUUAUAUCCAUAUUUAAAUAUUGAUAAAAAAACACACAAAGCAUCGAUAAAGGUAGAGCGUAUUCCGACACCUUCCAAAACAUCAAAGUAUUAUAAAAAAUAAAUCGUUUUUGAUAUGCAUGUUGAACAUAUUUUUUUUAGAAAUUUUGUGGAUCUGGAAAAGAAAACACCCUAAAACUAUUCGAGAGGAGGAUAGAGUCCGACAUACAUAUGUAUGUAGUUUAUGGAUGAAUUAAAUCCAAAAAGCAAUAUUACACACGUAGUAUAAUUGCAUGAUUAUGCUAGUUAAAAUAGUUUUACUAAUUAAUUGGAAUGAGAAAAGAUUGAAAAAUCAGCGCUAGAGAUCAGAGUUACGCGUAAGGCAUUUUCUUAUUUUGUAAUGAACCUGUUGUUGUGGAGAUAAUUAUUGUAUUAUUUAACUAUACCAUAUUUUAAUGAAUCUGGAAUCGUGUUUUAUUGUAUUAUAUUUUUACCUUGGUUUACCCUUUUUAAGAUUUUACUCUUGUAAUGUGCAAAGAAAUUUAGAACUGCUUGCUGCCGUAAAAGUUUUAGGGAUGAAGUUCAAAAAGGGAAAACACCACCUAAUAGCCAAACUUCAAUUAAAAAUAAAACAAUAAUAUGAAUUAUUACCAUUAUACAAACAUACACGAAUGUAGCAAGUAUUUAUAUAAUUAUAAUUUACUAAACUUAUACCAUUUUGAAAAAAAAUAAAGAAAUAUGAAAUACGUUGAUUUAUAUAUAAUGCCAAAUUA